GCGAGUUCCAACAAAAUGCUGUUACAACCCAUUUUAAGUUUUCUAUGCUCAGAGUUGAAGAGGUUAAGAACAAACAUCACAAUGUUUCUAAUGUUUUUUUGGAUUUUGUGGUUUUCACAAAUCAUUGCCCUAUCGACAAUGUUUAUGAGCUUACCAGAAAUAAUUACUGAUCUGCCCACCGUGACGGUGGCGGAGCUUGAGCAUGUCAAGGAGCGACUGACAUUGGGGAUGCCGCAAGACGCGCCCAGUUCCAGCAAUACGACAGAGAAUCAGCCGCAGACGGAGGCACAGAUAGCGCAGAAGGCUGAGCUGAACAUCAAUGAUCCUGGAGGAGGACUGAAAAUAAAUUCAUCAACUGGCUCCGAAUCCAAUGCUGCAUUGGAUGCAAAUGUUAUUGAUGACGAAAGUGUCGCAGAUGCUGCGGUAAUUAAAAGCAGAAACGCUACGGUGGAGGAAGUGCCGAUGCCUGUCUUUUCGGAGUGGGCACAAAAGCAAAUUGAGGCAGAGGCAAGUCGUGAGCAAGCUAUGGAGCUAGAGCAGCAGGUGGUAAACACUUCAGCCCAGCGGAAAGAUGCCACGGGGUCUGGAAGCGGUAAGCCUACGUCGUUAAAGCUACGCGCUAAGAACUACGCCUCGCCAGACUGUGGCGCCAAAAUAAUUGCGUCAAAUGCAGAUGCCACCAAUACGGGCGCGGUUCUGAGCCAUUCAAGUGAUGAGUACAUGCUAAGCACAUGUGGCAGCCGAAUCUGGUUUGUUGUGGAACUGUGUGAGGCCGUGCAGGCACAAAAAGUCGAGCUGGCAAACUUUGAACUGUUUAGCUCAUCGCCUAAGAAUUUUACAGUGGCAGUGUCUAAACGGUUUCCAACUCGGGAUUGGAGUAAUGUUGGUCGAUUUGCUGCCGAGGACAAAAGAACAGUGCAAACGUUUGACCUUCAUCCGCAUCUGUUUGGCAAGUUUGUGCGCGUAGACAUACAUUCGCAUUACUCCAAGGAACAUUUUUGCCCAAUUUCACUUUUUCGUGUGUUCGGCACAUCGGAAUUCGAGGCUUUCGAGACUGAGAUCCGUCACAGCGAAGAGUUAGAUGAUUUUGAUGAUGAUUUUGGCGGCCAGGAACUGCAGCAUAAGCCAUUUACCGGGACCGACAUUGGUGGUGCAAAUAUUUUCCAAAGUGCAUCCGAUGCAGUCAUACAAAUGGUGAAAAAGGCAGCCCAGGUGCUGGUGAAGCCCACUAAGGCGAUACGCUGGUCUUCCGAUUCUUCGCUCUGUUAUACACCCACUGUUGGCUUGUUUAGCUGCAAAAGUUGCAAUAGCUCCAUCGUAGAUCGCAUAAACAACCUGUUGUCUUGUCAAUUUCAACAGCUACAGCAGCUAGUAGUGCUGCCUCAGCUGCGGAAUCAUUUGUUGCAGACUCGCAUUUGUCAGUCCGACUACAAUAUUAGCCUAGACAUACCAAGAGAGGCUGAUUCCUUGACAAGUGGCAUGGACAAGCGCCAGAGUUUUUAUCUGACUGUGUUGUCAGCGGAACAUGUGGGUGCCAUUUGCAAGCUUCUAGAGGCAAACUUACAUAGCACCAAAGAAAAAAUCGUCGAUUUGACUGAGCCUGCACAGCAAGUUGAUGUGACUAAUACAUUUUAUGAAAAUGUGUCCAGAAGUGAACCGUCAAAAGAGCUCGAAGGCGAUGCUAAAAUUACCGUACCAAAUGAAUCUUUGCCUGACUCAACACACAUUUUGAAAGCAGUGCCAGUGCCAGAAACGCCCUCGUGCAAUGAAGUACCAGCAAACAGUUUGCAACAGGAUGGACAAGUGGCAGAUGGCCGUGUAAUACCGGACCCACCAUCAGAUGUGAAUAUAUUUAAUGUUCCACCUGCCAAUCAGAAGGACCCGACACCAGCCCCUGCACCUCUUAUGCCCGAUUCGUUACCUCCAUCUCCAUCUUCAUCUGCAGUGGACACCAACGAACUGCAGCCCAGCAGGGCCCCUUUUAUUACGACGACGAACCACCCGCCGACAACUUCGGGCGAAUCAGACAACGGAGAUUUGAUAGGCAGUGGCAACGGUUUGGAUGACAGCAAUCUUUCCAAUUGGGAAAGCAUCGACAGCUUGCUAACCACGACGGUAGCCUCAAUAACUGCGGGCGGUGGAGCAGCAGCAGCUGCCGCAGCUGUUGUCAACGGCAAUACAAAUAUGGGAAACUCUGCAAGUGCAGGAGCUGCAGGUACCCAAAAUUUACAACCUAAACUAGCGCAUGGACCGCAAUCAGAGAGCGUAUUCAUUAGGCUGUCAAAUAGAAUAAAGGCACUCGAACGAAAUAUGUCGCUAUCAGGACAAUAUUUAGAAGAGCUGUCACGACGUUAUAAGAAGCAGGUGGAGGAAUUGCAACAGACCCUUACGCAACAGGCGCUGACUGUGCGUACUUUGGAGGAGCAAAGUCGACGUUUCCUAGAGCAGGAGCAACUCUAUCAACACCAAAAUACGGAGUUGGCUGGGGAAGUGCGUGCGCUCACGUAUCAAGUGCAAGCGUGCAUCCUAGUCAUCAUUAUAGUGGGUACGUGCAUCUUUCUUAUGCUAGUAGGGGGCACUGUCUUCUAUCGGAAGUUGCGACGCCAAACUCAGCAGCUGAUGCCGCGGAGAGCAGCUAUGGAACUCACUAAAACUAAUCUCUGUCGUCGUAAAUCAUAUGAGGAAAUUAUGCAGCAGUCGCCUGGGAAGCAACGGAGGCCUAGUGAGGAGGCCAUGCUAAUACUGAACGGAUGCGGAGACAGAUCGGUAGAGGAACAGUCAGAGGUUGGCCAUAGCGGCAGGCAACGCAAGAUUUCUGUUUGUUACGGCAGCAACAAUAACAUAACCAAUCAUAUGAUCAACACGAGGACAUCUUUGCACCGGAGAAAAGGUGCAAAGAAUUCGUGGCACUCAUGCUUGGACUCUGCGCCGGUAUCGUGUCUUGAAAAUGUAGACAAAUUCUUCGACUUGGAUACACUAAAAGCCCAAAAGAUGUUGACCAAGCCAACCAAAAAGAAAUCGCUUCAAUUAUUCCCACACGAACUAAAGCGUCAGGAGUCAGCGCCUGCUAAUUGUACACAAGAAUACCGUGUUGAGGAGCAUACGCAGAGCGACUUUGACGAGAGUCUCAUACUGGACGACGAUGAUUUAUGCAAUUUCAUACCCACCACUGACUUGGCUUAUAACGAAUUUAUGCCUGAUGGACCAUCAGGCUACCAGAUUGUGGACACAGUUGAUGGAAAGUCUAGUAAGGGGCAGGCGACUAAAAAGAGUCGCCGCGUCUCAUCACCAGCAUUCUUCAAGUCACCUUUCAGCAAAAGCAAAAAUAAGGAAAUCAUUCUAAAUGGAGAUGGCAGUGGUAGUCGCGUCAAGGCCAGCCAAUCCGCGCACGAGGCCACUUCUUGGGAGUGGUAUCGCUUAAAGCGCAGUGAUAAGCAACACAAUUCGAAGCAUUUGACGACAGUGUCAGUUGCAUCUAACUCGCCCAAUGCAAGCAUAGACAAUUCGUCGCUGUCGGAAGUUAGCUUUCCUUUUAACUCUACCCAAAAUUCAUUUCGCAUACUUGGCGAAGCCAUACAGUCCUCGGGCGAGGGUAGAGCUAGUGGUAUGAGCAGCACUGUAGCCGCUGGUAGCAGCAGUAGCAGUGGCGCAAGUACCACAUCAUCCACUACGAAAAAGAAGCAGCGUGCCUUCAAUAAUAUUUUUCGAAAAGUCUUCUGAGGUAGCCAUUGUUGCCUAGCAAUUUAUUUAUUAUUAUUCUUUACUUAAUUAGUUGUUCCCUUAAUUGUGUUCAUUUACGUCUACUUUCAAGGCUACGACAUCAAUUCGACUGAUGUUAUCUACGUAGAUAAUACAAAAUUUGUUGUAAAUUAAACUUCAAUUCGUUAAAAUA